UUUGCAUUGUUUUUGUUGACGUUCUCAAAAGAAAAAAAUAUUCCAAGUCGCAAAAUCUGGAAGUUUUUCUAAAAUUUAUGUAAAAUUUUAGUAUAGAUCGAAUAAAUUUAAGCUAUCUGUGUUUCCCGGUUUUACAAACAGUGAAAGUUCGAUGUUAAUGACGUAUACCGAAUAGAAAAUAGAUUUGUCUCGGAAGAAAGUGCGUCGACUUUCUUGCUUCGGUUCUUGGUUUUCGGGUCAGGGACACGAUCAGCAAUAAGGCAGGAUUUUUUUUUUGCUGCGGGAGCGCAUCUGGAGCGGAACAACCAAUAUCGCGAGACGAGUGUGCUCCGAGUGAGAAAGGGAGGCUUCAUCAGUUAAACUGGCGUUCAGCUCGCUGCUGCCGCAGUAGUGAUGACCGUUGUCUACCCGAGAAAGAUGCUUGUGCGUUUCCAUCCCUACCAUGGCCAAAACAUCAUCCUGUUCAAUGAGAACACCGUUGCCUACCGGAAGGCCAGCUUCGGUAACGCCCUGACGUUCAGCGAGAAACCACUUCAGCCGGGCGAGAUAUUCCUGCUGGAGAUCGAGAAGAACGAACGCGGAUGGAGCGGCCAUAUGAGACUAGGGUUAACCCAAUUGGACAUCAGACCGGCUUCCACUCUUCAGUACGCCCUUCCGGACUUGGCCAAUCUAGGAUCCAGUUGGGUGUUCCCGAUAACCAGGACGGUGGGCAACUCAGCCCCAAAAAGUAGUAUCCUAGGCGAAGGGAUCAACGUAAGAACGUCCCGAGGAGUGUUUCCCCGUAAUUUGCUGAGGCCCAUGUCGCAGGAUGGCGGCGGCAGCGCAGAUAUACUCCCUACGGACACACAUUCCCGGAUUGGGAUCAUAUUUGUGCCCACGCCGAAUGAAGCGGACAAGGCCGAGAUGCAUUUCAUCAUCAACGGGGAGGAUCAGGGUCCGUGCACGCAGGACAUUCCAUACACCAAGGGGGCACUGCACGUGGUCAUCGACGUCUACGGCACAACCAAGCAGGUAAAAAUCAUCCAGCUGUAUGGAAUCUCGACGCUGCAGAGCGCCUGCCGGGAUGCCAUACUUUCCAGAGUAUCAAAGACGGCCAUCCGCCAGUUGCCGCUGCCGGAAAGUUUGAAGGAAUAUCUGCUUCAGUAUGCACCGUAGACGGAGGAAGUGCCAGGUAGGAUAGAGAUGCUUUUCAGGUGCUUUCCGGGAUAUUGAUUCGAAUCGAAAAUGAGUUUCGGGGGAAAAGGUCGAAAGGAUAGAAGGCUGCAUUAGGUCACAAAUGAUCGAAAUAUUACUUUUGAAGAAGGAACAGUGAUUUGAUUUUUAACUCCUAUCCUUUCGACGUUUUUUUUUCCAAUGGAUUAUCGAGACUGGGAUAUUAUUUCCACACACUUUAGUAACGUUACGGUAUUGUGAGCGGACCACCGGUCAUAAAGUGACUUUCGGUGGUCGAAUGGCAGCGGGUAUCAAGCCCAGGCAAAAAGGGGCAAAAUCUCUGUGUAUAAUCAUCGGUAAUAAUGUAUUUGAUUUGGAUUUAAGCUAUGUGAUAUAUCUUGAUUGAGCCUGCAGAGGGAUGGUUUUCAUUUCCUUUGUUCCUGAACCUAAUUGACAAACAAGUUUAUAACCUAGUACAGCACAGUGCGGAGAACUUUUUUCCCAAAAUGAUAUGUACGAAGAGGAGAGACUCCCUAUCGGUAGAAAUGUAAGAGAUAAUAUAUGUAAUAUGAAUAAGCAGUAA